UGCUUUGUUAUUUUUUCGUACAUGACUUCCGCGUUUUGCUUUAUGCGCAUUUUCAGCUUAUUUCUUUACUACGGUUUGUAUUCUUUUCUAUACGACAUAUACAUUUCAAAACUCUAGGUUUCAUUUAUAUCUUUUUCUUUCUGUUUUGGUCAUCAGAUUCAUGGUCAAAUGUCAUGAAUAAUGUCCGACUUAGAUUUCGACAUAGAUCGAUAUCUCAAUCGUUUUAUCCCUUCUCCUAGACUUUAUAUACUUCCCACUCCUAUUUCUUGGUUCCUGGGUUAUCGAAGUAGGCCGAGGUCUCGAACUGGUAGUCUUGUUAUUUGGUUUUGGGCUUUCAUUGGCGCUUUCUGCGGCAUUGCAAUCGUCGAAAAUAUUUACCGAUCUACAUACUUUAAAGAGCGCGGCUCUCCGUUGGUCAUCGCAAGUCUUGUAUGCAACCGAAAUCCACAUGAGGCGGCGUUAUGUCUAAUUUUAAUGAUAGGGCGCUGCCGCAAUCCUAGAGUAUAACACCAUUGAUUCUCCUCUUUCUCAACCACGAAAUGCAGUCCUGGGUCAACUAUUCGCCUCUGUCAUCGGUGUCGCCAUAACAAAAUUAUUCGAACUCAAUGCUGAUUUUGAAAAUCUACGAUGGUUAGCUGGUGCUCUGUCGGUCGGUGUAGCUUCUGCGGUGAUGGGCUUGACCAAUACAAUUCAUCCGCCAGCUGGAGCCACUGCUUUAUUAGCUGCUACGUCACCCGAGAUCACGGAGAUAGGAUGGUAUUUGAUACCCUUGGUCGUGUUAGGAAGUGUUCUUCUGGUCGCUACUGCUUGCGUGGUGAACAACAUUCAGAGGACUUUUCCUAUCUACUGGUGGACGCCGCACUCACUGAGCAGCCGGGCUGAAGAAGAUAUUGAGAAGUCUUCUGAAAGUACCACUGGAGUGGAGGAGCCUACCGAAAUCCAGCACACUCACGAGGAGGAAACGAUUAGGAUCGACAAGCAUCGCAUCGUGAUACCCAAUUGGCUAUCACUGGAGUAUGAAGAGAGGGCGAUAUUAGAAGUGAUGCAGACCAGGCUAAAACGAGGUUUAAAAAAUUCAAGGACGGCAGGAAGUGAUCGGACAUUGGUUAGAUAAGGCAAUAUAAUAUUGAAUAUAGAGGUCAUUCAACA